AUGGUUCGAAACAAGUAUGAGAUAUUUUUGUGGUUGAGGGCUGCAAAUAAAUUAGGACAAAGUGAGUAUAAUCUAGACAAAUACUAUAGAAGUGGGGCCGGGUGGGGGGUGUGGAGUAGUGGUGAAGGGGGCUAUGAGGUGAGAGGAGGGGCCGGGUGGGGGGUGUGGAGUAGUGGUGAAGGGGGCUAUGAGGUGAGAGGUGAAGACGAGAUGGUUCGUCUGUAUGAUGUAAGUGCCAAUGCCAUGAAAGAAGAGUUCAUGCAUGGAGGUCCAGUGCUGGAUUGUUGCUUCUAUGAUGCUUCAUCUGGAUUCAGUGCUAGUACUGAUAAUACUGUUAGGAGAAUGUACCGACAAGUGACAACUGGUAGCUGGGACAGAACCUUGAAAUGCUGGGAUCCUAGAGGUGCAAGUGGUGGACAGGAACAUACUCUUGUUGGAACUUAUCCACAACCAGAGCGUGUUUACUCUCUCUCCCUUGUUGGAAACCGUUUAGUAGUAGCAACUGCAUGGAACCAUGUGAAUGUCUAUGACUUAAGAAACAUGUCUCAACCAGAACAGCAGAGGGAAUCUUCCUUGAAGUAUCGAAUUACAUAUGUGCAGUGUUAUCCCGAUGGAACAGGUUUAUUCCUUAUUCUCUAUUUGCUGCUUCAUUCUAGAGCUUAA